AUGUUAAAAAAAGUUUGGUUGAUACCUUUAUUAUCAUUAUUAUUUUCUUUUUUAGCCUUUUUUUGUGGAUAUAUUAUUUCUGUUAGUGAAGGACACGUCAAUGCUGUAUGGCCAUAUAUCUCUGAUACAGCAUUAACUGCAUAUUUAAGGCAUCGUCAAAUUGUUGAAUUUUAUUGGCAUCGUCAUCAUGUUCAAGGAUCAUGGAGAUUUUUUUCUUUAAUUUUCCUAUUUAUUGGUUAUUUAUCUUCAUUAGGUGUAUCAAUGGUUGCUAAUUUUCAACAACAUCCAUCAACAAUGUAUGCUCAUUACUCAGGUGCAUUACUUGCAUUUGGUGGUGGUCUUGUUUAUGCAUGGGGUCAGACAAUAUUUUCUUAUAUAAUGUCUCCAAAACUAGUUUGGAAGGUUGUUUCACACUUCCGUUUCUUUUUAACAACAAUUGCUACAUUAACUUUUUUUACAAUGAUAAUAUUUGGUUGUAUAUUAGGAAGAUCAAAAGACAGAACUAAAGAUGAUCAUUAUAAAAUGCUUCAUUGGAAGAGUGAUAUGCCAAAUUUUAGGGAACAUAUAAUUGGAACAUGUAGUGAAUGGAUAAUGGCUAUUUGUUUUGAAAUUUAUAUUUUAUCAUUUGUAAUAGAAUUACGUGGUUCAUCUCUUCAUGCCCCAAAAUUAGAUAUUGAAAGUAUAUUAUCAAGAAGGAAUAAUGAUGACACAAAGUCAUUCUCAUCAAAAGGAACAGAAACUUCAGAUUUACAAUCUCCUUCACCAGUAACUUUUAUUUCAAUUCCAUAUAACAAUCAUUAUUAA